UCCGCGCACUCCUCGACGGUAUGGAGCACAACACCACGGAAGCAGCUUUCGAUGGGACCCGGAGGAGCGUGUACGCACUGGCAGUGCCGGCGCUCCUUCUGGGAUGCUUCCUCUCAUUCAUCUUCAACGCCGGCGUCCUGCUCUCUGUUCGGUGGCUGCGACGUGUCCUGUCUCCAACGCUGUGCUUCAGUCUCUCCCUUACCUUCGCGGACGCUUACUCCUCCCUUCUGCUCGGGACGGGUCUCUUCGUCAACAGUUACCUUCCGUCCCACGGAGUCUCGCUCGGUCCCAAAGAGGACUGCUUCCGUCUGGGGCUGGAAGCCUUCCGUCUGUCGGGACUCCUGGUGUCUGCCCUGCACCUUCUAGCCCUCGCCGUCAACCACUACUUGGGGAUCUUGAGGCCCCUUCAUUACGCUUCUACGGUGACGAGAAGAACGUGCGAACUUGUCAUCGGCUUCCUGUGGAUUGGGCCGAUAGUUUUCUUCUUGGUGUACUUCUCCGUGGUUCCCGGGGAAGGUUUUCAGUCCGAGAACUGUUCGAAAGUAGGCUUCUUUCGUCGCAGCCCUUUCAGCGUUACUCUGUCAUCGCUGUUCGCGUUGCCCCUUCUCUUUAUGAUGUUCAUCUAUUGUCACAUCUACGUUGUAAUUCGGCACCAUCGUUACGGAGUUAUUCAGAUGGCGUCGUCUAGGCACCUUCGUCGUAACGUGAAAGCAGUCCGUACAACACUGUGCAUCCUCGGAACGUACAUCGCCUGCUGGAUGCCUGCUGUGGUGUUCUUCGUGCUCACUUGUGUUGAGUGUCCGUACCCUAUCACGGAAGUGCCUAUGGAUGUUCGUGUCUCUCUCGGCAUAUCAACCAAUGCACUGAUCAUAGUCAAAGCACUUGUGGAUCCGUUCAUCUACGCGGCCAGGAUGCCCGAGGUGAAAGACGCCGUGCUUAAGAUGAUCCACUGCCAUCCAGUGCCGAAGACUGCCAACUGUAAGCGCUCGUGUUUGGUGACGAGGACGGAUACGUUGACGUCCAGCCUAAGGUUAAUGUACAUGAGAAGGGGAUCGAGCUUGAAGACGAGAACAGAAACCUUUCGCUGCUGAAUGUUAUGGAAACGUUAAAACGACUUUCUCGCUGAGACUUUAGUGCGUUAUUUAUACUGUGCAGUGCGGAGGACCAGUCGAC